AUAAAUAUUUCGGGAACAAUUACAUAAAUCAUAAUCCCUCGUUUCUCUCGGCGAGUUAUCAAACCCUAACCCCCAAAUUGAAUUGCGUAGCAGCUACACCAAAGUUUUUUUUUGCUAUCAUCAACAAAUGGCAAUGGUCGACAGCAUAGAAACUCAUCCUGCCAAGAAGAUGAAGCUGCAGGACAAGGAAAUCCCCAAAUCUCAAUAUGGAAUUAAUACUGUAAAUUUUGAGAACUCUCAACCUACAAUGGAAUACUCCGUCUAUAUGGAAAUCAAAGUCGUCAAGCAACUGUUUUCAUCUCCCGAAGAUCCCUUGUGUUUUUUCAGUAGAAUGAUGAAAGAUAUUGGCUGCGCUGAAUCCCAGAUUAGUAAAUAUGGUUGCUCCUCCUUUCACUUUUUAGCACAACUUACUCCAGAUAAAGCCAAAAAGUUGUCAGAGCUGGAUUCUGUAAGAGAGGUGAAGCCCCACAAGAAGAGCGCACCUUGUUUCCCCCCCAAGCUUUAUGUCCUUGAGCGUUGUCCUUUAUACCCUGAAACUAGUGAAUAAAGCCGCGCUUCGCGGCGGCGUUAUGAAUUUUUUUAUAAAUUUUUGAUACGAAUUAAUAUUAUAAUUGCAUAAAAGUUAUUUUGAGUCA